CCUCAGGACCGGAGAGCUUCAACUCUCGCUCCCUGGCCCUGCAGGCCCAGAAGAAGAUCCUGAGCAAGAUGGCGACCAUGGUGGUGGCCAACAUGCUGACAGAUGACACCAGCAGCGAGAUCUUGGACGAGCUCUACAAGACCAGCCGGGAGUUCACCAAGAGCAAGAAGGAGGCCCACAAGAUAAUCAAGGACGUCAUCAAAAUCGCCCUGAAGAUCGGCAUCUUGUACCGCAACCACCAGUUCAGCCCCGACGAGCUGGACACAGUGGAUCGCUUCAAGAAGAAGAUGAACCAGGCGGCCAUGACGGCGGUGUCGUUCUACGAGGUGGAGUACACCUUUGACAGGAAUAUUCUGUCAGAGCUUUUGUUGGAGUGCAGGGACCUGCUACACACCCUGGUGGAGCAGCACCUGACGGCUCGCUCACAUGCACGCAUCGAUCACGUUUUCAACCAUUUUGCCCACGGGGAGUACCUGGCCGAGCUGUACGGGGACAGAGAGGAGUACAGACUCUCCCUGAGGAAGAUCUGCAACGGCAUCAACAAACUGCUCGACGAAGGAACGCUUUAACCUCACACACGACAUCUUUCACCUCUCGCUCUUUCUUCUCCUGCCUCCUUCUCUUUCCGGUGUCUCCUGCCUCCUUCUUUUGCCUUUCACCCAUGACCGCACACUUCCUCUUCCCUUCUUUGCUCUCGUCUUCCUGUCUCUUCUUCAUCCAUUUCCAUGAAGCGAGCUGUAACAUCCCGCUGCUCUGGUUCCAUGAGGGAAUUGUAUUGACUGUCUUCCCUCUCAGUGGAACAUUGCUACACACUGGGACAGCCUGUGUCAUGUUGUAUGCAUUAGAGCAUUCCCUUUAUGUGCAAAAGUGUACUGUACCAAUGGCCAAAAAACAUACAUUAGGUAUAGUUGGAUAAGGAAGAUAAUCAGUAGUAGUUGCAGUGUGUGUGUGUGUGUGUGUGUGUGUGUGUGUGUGUGUGUGUGUGUGUGUGUGUGUGUGUGUGUGUGUGUGUGGGUGUGGGUGCGUGCGUGUGUGCGUGCGUGCGUGUGAUUUGCUUGAACACUGUGUUUGACGUGUGUGUAAUGUGACCGUGUCAAUUUUCUCUACAAGGGUGUAACACUUGUCUUUUAUUAAAGAUUUCUUGU